GUGUCUCUCACUUGCAGUGUUCAAACCAUGAACUAUGUGGGGAACCUGGCUGAGAACGUCUUUGUCACGGUGAAGAAUCUGUACCAUGAUCUGAACCCCACCAACCUGUCGGGCUGCAUCGAUGUGAUCGUGGUGAGGCAGCCCGACAACUCCUUCAAGUGCUCCCCAUUUCAUGUGCGCUUUGGGAAGCUGGGGGUGCUGCACUCCAAGGAGAAGGUGGUUGACAUUGAAAUCAACGGAGAGCCUGUGGACCUGCGCAUGAAGCUGGGAGACAAUGGAGAGGCCUUCUUUGUCGAGGAGAUGGAGGAGCAUAAGGACAGCAUCCCCUUCUUCCUCUGCACGUCCCCCAUUUGCAAGGACUGGGACUCACAGGAUGUUGUUCAACCCUCCUAUGGGCUGGAGGUCUCCAGAGCUGGAGUGAUCCUGCGCAAGAGGAGGCGACGCAGGAGAAGGCCCAGGAAGAAGGAGAUGUUGGACUCGGAUUCUGACAGCAGUGAUGAGAUCAAAAAAGAGCUGCCAGCCCCAAGUGAUGCAGCACGUUCGUCCUUUGCUGAUCGCCUUGAAGUAACUGGGUCCUUGCAGCCCCAAGAGAUACACCCAUACUCCGACGGGGAGAGGCUCGAAGGGAAAAGCUUCAUGCCAAGCCAUCAGUCUUCUCCCAGAAGUGAUUCUGAACUGGAGAUCAAACCACGGGAAAGCUUUUCUCUAGGGGCUGAAUCCCGCAUGAAGUGGACCUGGGGAAGGCUCCCUCAGGUGAAUAAAUUGGUGAAAGUUAAACCAGCCAAGUCCACAAAGAUCACUGCUGCUGCAGCAACCACCAGCUCUGCAACACGGGUGCCAGUGCAUGAGGCAACUCCUCUUGUUGCCACCUCUGAACAUCCAGGAAGGGAUUCAAGCCCAGCAGAACCUCAGGACAUGCCCCAUUCCUUGUCUGCCUCUGCAACUGAGCCAACACUUGCAUCCCAGGCUGGGAACAGCAUCUCCAGGCUGAAGGACAUCCUCCGUGCUGUUAGGGUAAAGAGAUUUUUGGGGGCCUCCUCAGUCCCACAAGAGAAACAGAAGGGAGAUGUGAAUGUUGUGCCAGAGGUUCAGCCAGGUGUGGAGCACUUUGAGGGAGCCACUGCUCCAAGGCAGACAGGCUCAGAAAGCCCCACGUCCCAGCUGGAGAGGCAGAGGAUGCAAGGAUCCAUCAAAAGAAGUCCUCACUUGGGUCCCAGAGCCAUUUAUCUGGAAGACUUCUCUGAUCCGAGCAAGAAGCCAGUGGCUCUCUAUUUGGCUCAGAGUGACACAGAACAGAGUUGGAGUUCUGUGACAGACUCCAGCAACCCUCUGUGUGUCCAGCUGCCAUCCACCUUGCCUGCCAACAGCCCCAUGGACUCUGACUCGAUGCCCACAGUUGCUCUGUCACUGUGUGGGGGCCUCAGGGAGCAACAGAUCUCUCAUGAAAAGUUCACAGAACACAUAGUCUCCUACCAACAGUUUGCUGAGAAUCCAAGGCUCAUCAGUGACCCAAACCUGGUGAUAAUGAUCAACAAGAAGUAUUACAACUGGGAAGUGGCUGGUCCCAUAGUCCUGGCCCUGCAGGCUUUCCAGAGGAACAUUCCUGAGAGCAUCAUCGAUGAACUGGUGAAGGAGAAGAUGCCCAAGAAAGACAGAAGAUACUGGUUCUCCUGGAGGAGGAGAGAAUUCCCAACAGAGGAGGUCAGCAGCCAAGGACAGAGAAAACCAGCCUGGGAACACUGUGGCGAGGAACAGGAGUCACCCAAUGACAGUGAACCCCAGCACCCUGGGGACAUGUUGGAAGUGGAAGCUCCCGCUGAGAAAACUCUGCCCACCUUCAGGAAAACCCUACGGCUCUCCUCUGAACAAAUUGGAAAGUUGAAUCUGCAGGAUGGUCCCAAUGAGGUGGCAUUCAGCGUGACAACUCAGUACCAGGGUACGUGCCGCUGUGAGGCCACCAUCUACCUGUGGAACUGGAACGAAAAAGUGGUGAUCUCAGACAUCGAUGGCACCAUCACCAAAUCCGAUGCUCUUGGACAGAUCUUGCCACAACUGGGUAAAGAUUGGACUCAUCCUGGGAUUGUUAAACUCUUCCACAAAAUCCACGAGAAUGGCUACAAGUUCCUCUACUGCUCGGCCAGGGCUAUUGGCAUGGCCCACAUCACCAAAGGCUACCUCAAAUGGGUCAAUGAGCAAGGCUGUGGCCUCCCCAUGGGCCCCAUGCUGCUUUCCCCCAGUAGCCUCUUGUCUGCCUUCCACAGGGAGGUGAUUGAGAAGAACCCAGAGGUGUUCAAGGUCCCCUGCUUGACAGACAUCCGAAAACUGUUUGCUACAAAGUUUCCCUUCUACGCAGGUUUUGGGAACAGGCCCAAUGAUGUCUACGCUUACAAGCAAGUGGGGCUGCCAGAGAGCCGCAUAUUCACAGUAAACCCUAAAGGAGAGCUGAUCCAAGAGCUCUCAAAGAACCAAAAGUCAACGUAUGAGGAGCUGUCGGAGCUGGUGGAGGUCUUCUUCCCUCCUGUGGGACAGAGGGAGAGCGCUGCUCUGGUGUCCUCAGAGCGCAGCCACUUUGCCUACUGGAGACCUCCACUGCCUGAUGAUGACUUGAAUGGCUCGCCCUAA